CGUGAAUGUAUCAGUGCACAUUUGGAGCGAUCUGCGUGGUGUCCGGUAUGCGCACGUGAAUUCGACACGAUGACCGGUGUCCCGAUCGUUUUUCCAAAUUUUACGGCUUCCGCAAUUGCGGAUUCGAUCCGCUCGAAAGCCAAAGUGGCGAGAAGUAUUCGAUCGGCAGCGGUUCGUUGA